AUGGCUGAGACUCACCACUUCCACGCCCACAAGCUGUUUAGCAUGGAGGGCAAAGUCGCAGUUGUCACUGGAGGUGGCUCUGGCAUUGGACUGAUGGCCACACAAGCUCUCGCUGCCAACGGCGCAAAGGUCUACAUUGUCGGCAGAAACGUCGACAAGCUUAAGACUGCAAGCAAGGAGCACGAGCCUGACCACGGAGAGAUCAUCCCUAUUGGAGACGUCGACGUGACCAACAAGGACGACCUUGAGAAGUUGGUCCAGGAGAUUCAGAAGAAGGAGAAGUGUAUUCAUCUGCUUGUUGCCAACGCCGGUGUUCCUGGACCUAAGGCUGAGCCCGACAAGUCAGAUGCUGGGGAGCUCAAGGACAAGCUGUGGAAGGGAGAAUCAGUCCAGGAGUGGAACGACACAUACUCGACCGAUGUCACAUCAGUGUACUUCACCACGGUCGCGUUCCUGCCAUUGCUGCAGGCGGCUAUUGAGCCCCAGGGCUCCGGAGAGCGUUUCAGCUCAUCCGUAAUCACCACGUCGUCCAUGAGUGGUAUCAUGCGCCACGCUCAAGGCCACUUCGCUUACAACACAGCCAAGGGCGCAACAGUGCACCUGACCAAGCUGAUGAGCGCCGAGUUCAUGAAGGUCGGCGUCCGCGUCAACAGCAUCGCACCAGGAUACUUCCCCAGCGAGAUGACAGCCAAGAGCUCCGACGACAGACAGAAGAGCGAUCUGCCACCGGAGAAGGUCGCCGAGAAGGGCCACGUGCCUCAGAUGCGCGGUGGCCGUGACGAGGAGAUGGGUAUGGCUAUGCUGUUCCUCGCAAAGAACACUUAUGUCAACGGAGAGAUUCUUGCAGUUGACGGUGGAGUUCUCAACAUGUUGGCUGGCCGUUAA